UCGGUUUCCCAAAUAUCGCUUGGCGGUCUUUUGUAUAUAGCAACCAGCCCAGAAUCGCAAAACCUCAUAUUUCCACAUCGCGGCACUAUUUUUAUUCACUCUCCUCAUUCUUUUUAUUUCCUUCUCGGUCUCUUAGUACAUCCUAUCUAGCUCAUAAAGCUAUUUUUCUUGACCCUCUAUUCACCUCACCUCGACAUCUUCUCCUCCUAUAUAUCUUUUGACCCCCCGGGUUUCUUUUCGAAUCAACCUCCCCACCACCACCAUGGCUACCCAGGUCGAUCACCACCAGAUGCAGACGCGUCCGCUGCAUUUGAAUAUGGCGACGCCGCUCACGCCGCAGACGCUCGACACGAUCCGGUGCGAGAUCACAAAGGAGAUGAUCGGAGUCAUUGCGCUGCACGCCAAAAACGUGAUUCCGUGUUCGCCGCCGCCACAGGUCAGCAAUAGCGGGCAGCAGUCGUCAGCGCGUCCCUCGACCAGCAAUGGCAGCCGCCUGCCCUCGCCGCCUGCCACGCCAAGCAGCACAGGGUCUUUCAACGAUCCCGCCGCUGGAUCUGUUUAUUACCAAUCUGGUUCUGCGGUCGAGGGUGCAGGCUGGCACACUGAUCUGCACACUCGUGUACCUGCAGAGAUUGCGGAGACGGCUGCCAAAGGAGGCACGAGGCAUGGAAUGCACCUGCCAUCGGAUCUUCCUGGCCACCUUGAUUGUGGCUGGCAAAUACCUAAACGACUCGUCGCCCAAGAACAAGUACUGGGCACGGUACUCUACUGUAUUUACUGUUGCUGAGGUCAAUUUGAUGGAAAAGCAGCUGCUGUUCCUGCUCGACUUUGACCUGCGCAUCGACAACAACGAUCUGAAUGACGCUGCCGCCGCCUUCCUUCCGGGCCCGCCCAAGGCAUCUGCGCCGCUGACUCCGACCACACCCACAUUCGGCGGCACCGCCGCCACGACCACUGCCACUGCCACUGCUACCAACAGCAGCAGCAGCAGCAGCAGCAGUAGCAGUGCGGUCACCGAGGUCUCUUCGGUGCCUGCGAUCGUCACAUCUCAGCCGCGUGAGGACUCCGCUGGUUACCACCACCCGACUACCUCUGGGCUGCAGCCGACGAAACAGUACCCGCCAACGCUGGGUCUGGAUAGCGUGAAGCACCGCCAUGCAAUGGACAAUAUGAUACCGCCGACAGAGGAUGCGUCGUCGAGGAAGGUUGCCGAGGAGAUGCAGCGGGUGCGGGGCGAGACCGAGCACUAUCAGCGGCAUCAUGGAAGAACACACUCUGUCGCAUCGAUCGAUAUGGUAAGCGCACGCGAGUCAAGACGGUGUUCUCAGUGAGCACCCUUGGUCAAGCCAAACCCAUCCUCCCACACGCUAUACUUGAAGGGACCACCACUGCCACCAAUGGCUCCCACUCCCUCUCCCCCAUACACCACGCCACCAAACCACCUUGUACAAUUUUCUCCUCACCACCCCUUUCCUUUUACUUAGCCAUGGACAUCCAAUAUGGAGGUCUGUGCAGCUCUCCCCGGUCCCCUGUCAGUGCCAUUGCUUUCAAGCCAACUCACACCCUUCCCUUGAACGAAACAACACUGUAUUCUUGUUCUUGUUUACAA